AUGGUAAAGGGAGAUCACUCCAGAUGGCUUGGAUUGGAAUUUGAAAAGCCUAUAUUUCGGCAAGGUUCCAAAAGUGAUCAGGGUUCCCAAAGUGAUCAGGGUUCUCAAGGUGAUCAGGGUUCCCAAGGUGAUCAGGGAUCCCAAAGUGAUCAGGGAUCCCAAGGUGACCAGGGAUCCGAAGGUGAUCAGGGAUCCCAAAGUGAUCAGGGUUUUCAAGGUGAUCAGGGUUCCCAAGGUGAUCAGGGAUCCCAAAGUGAUCAGGGAUCCCAAAGUGACCAGGGAUCCGAAGGUGAUCAGGGAUCCCAAAGUGAUCAGGGUUCUCAAGGUGAUCAGGGUUCCCAAGGUGAUCAAGGAUCCCAAAGUGAUCAGGGAUCCCAAGGUGACCAGGGAUCCGAAGGUGACCAGGGAUCCCAAGGUGAUCAGGGUUCCCAAGGUGAUCAGGGAUCCGAAGGUGAUCAGGGUUCCCAAGGUGAACAGGGUUCCCAAGGUGAUCAGGGUUCCCAAGGUGACCAGGGUUCCCAAGGUGAUCAGGGUUCUCAAGGAUACCAGGGCGCCCAAGGUGAUCAGGGAUCCCAAGGUGACCAGGGUUCCCAAUGUGAUCAGGGUUCCCAAGGUGACCAGUGUUCCCAAGGUGAUCAAGGUUCCCAAGGUGAUCAGGGUUCCCAAGGUGAUCAGGGUUCCCCAGGUGAUCAGGGUUCCCAAGGUGAUCAGGGUUCCCAAGGUGACCAGGGCGCCCAAGGUGACCAGGGUUCCCAAGGGGAUCAGGGUUCCCAAGGUGACCAGGGUUCCCAAGGUGAUCAGGGAUUCCAAAGUGAUCAGGGUUCCAAAGGUGAUCAGGGAUUCCAAAGUGAUCAGGGUUCCCAAGGUGAUCAGGGUUCCCAAGGUUAUCAGGGUUCCCAAAGUGAUCAGGGUUCCCAAGGUGACCAGGGUUCCCAAGGUGAUCAGGGUUACCAAGGUGACCAGGGUUCCCAAGGUGAUCAGGGAUUCCAAAGUGAUCAGGGUUCCCAAGGUGAUCAGGGAUUCCGAAGUGAUCAGGGUUCCCAAGGUGAUCAGGGUUCUCAAUGUGAUCAGGGUUCCUAA